GCGGAGUGUCCAGACCGAGAGGGAGAGAGCGGGAGAGGUAGAGGGACAGACAGAGAGAGAGAGAGAGAGAGAGAGAGUGAAGAGCUCAAUGCAUUGCUGAGAAAGUUGAGAAAGCUGUGACCAUGUGGAAGAAAGCGGCGGCGCUUCUGCUCCAGCUGUCCUGCCUCUGUCAGCAUGUGAGCGCGCUGCGGAGAGCGGAUCUGUUCCCGUACGGAGCUCAGAGCGGGGAUCUGACCCUGCAGGAGGGGGACGAUGAGACCUCUGCAGUCAUGACCCUCAGCAAACCCAUGCACUUCUACGACACCUCCUUCAGCAAGCUCUACGUGGCCACCAAUGGCAUCAUCUCACCUCAUGACCUUCCUAUGGAGAAGCAGUACGUCGAUGACGGGUUCCCCACCGAAUUCCCGGUCAUCGCACCUUUUCUCGCGGACAUCGACACUAGUAACGGAAAAGGAGCCAUCUACUACCGCCAAACCGAAUCCCCGAACAUCCUGAAUCGAAUUGCUUUUGAGGUCCAGAAAGGAUUCCCAGACACUCGGUUUACGCCAACUCACGCCAUCAUCGCCACGUGGGAGGACGUAGCUGCUUACACCGAGGUCACGCGUGCCCCUGAGACACCCAGACAGGUCAACACGUUUCAAGCGGUGGUGGCUUACGAUGAGUUGGAUACCUACGCUUUUUUCCUGUACCCGGAGGACGGCCUGCAGUUCUUUGGAACGCGUCCUAAGGAGAUGUUCAACGUGGAGAUCGAGCUGCCCGCGCGGGUCGGCUUCACCAGGGGAGAAAUCCCGUAUUUUAUCUUAUCGCGCACUGAAGGGCCUUACUUCAGCAUCACCAGCAACGAGCAGUCUGUCAAGAACUUGUACCAGACGGGGAACACCGACGUCCCGGGCGUCUGGCUCUUCCAUGUAGGCAGCGCCAACACUUUUCACAACGUGGUUCCACCAUCGGGGUUAAGCCAUUUACCGACCGCAGCCUCUAGGAAGCAAGCGAUCGCGUUCCCAACCACCCCCGAGUACGAGGAUGAGCAAGAAUACGACAUUGAUCCAGAUUUCCAGAAUCCAGAUGUCACAGAAUUCCCUCAGCCAGCCCGCGAUGUCUCUAUGUUAGGUGACCUGAACCAGGAAGCUGACUCGACUCUGUCCACACCGUAUCCUUACCAAGUGGAGGUCACUCUGAACCCUGAAUCUCAGACUGAUCAGAGCACUCCUACAAAUGUUCCUCCGGAGGAAAUCAUCGAGCCCGUGCAUCCUGUCCCAGAUCAAACUUUUGUGGAAGCGUAUCCCAUCAACCCUAACGGUCAGGUGUUUAACGUGGACGAUGACGACGAGGUCUUUAGGUCUGAAGUGAUUCAAUACUCCACUGAGAACAAGGAGACGUGCGACCGUUUCCAGCAAACCUGCAACCGGAACGCUUACUGCGCCGAUUACCCAUCAGGCUACUGCUGCCACUGCCAUGCCGGUUUCUAUGGAAAUGGACGGCAUUGCCUUCCUGAUGGCGCGCCUCAACGCGUAAACGGAAAGGUUAACGGGAUGGUUUCGGUGGGUUCGACCCCGAUGCGACUGGACAACAUCGACCUCCACGCUUACAUCGUAGUGAGUGAUGGUCGUGCGUACACAGCCAUCAGCGAAGUCCCAGAACCCCUGGGGUGGGCACUGAUGCCCGUCACGCCCAUCGGAAGCCUUUUCGGGUGGCUCUUUGCCCUCAAGCUUCCCAACAGCCAUAAUGGCUUCAACAUCACCGGUGCUGAGUUUACCCGCCAUGCCGAUGUGACCUUUUACCCCGGGAACCAGCGACUCCUCAUCGUUCAGACCGCCAGGGGAUUGGACGACCAGAACUACCUGAACGUUGAAACUCGUCUCGAGGGUGGCGUACCGUUCGUGCCCCCUGGCGCCACCAUUCAGAUUGAACCCUUUUCAGAGACCUACCAGUAUUACCCAUCAUUGAUCACAUCCAAUUCAGUACGGGAGUUUACGAUCGUGUCCGCUCAGAGCGGAGCGGAAAAAUUCACCUACCAGCUGAGACAGAACAUCACGUACAGGGACUGCAGGCACGCGACGUAUGUCGGAGCGGAGACCCUGCAGCUGAACGUAGAGCGCAUUUUCGCCAUAUACGUCAAAGAAGAGCGUGUUCUCAGAUACGCCAUCACCAACAAGAUCGGCCGUGGCAGAGAUAACACCUCGGGCCAUCUGCAGGAGAACCCGUGCUACUUAGGGACCCAUGAUUGUGACACCACGGCGCAGUGUGUGCCAGGAGAAGGACAGCACUUUACUUGUAUGUGCGCUACCGGGUACACUGGAGACGGACGCAACUGCUAUGAUGUGGACGAGUGUGCCGAAGGUCUGAGCUCCUGUGGAAGUCAUGCCCAGUGUGUGAAUUUGCCCGGAAGUCACAGCUGCCAGUGCCAGAGUGGUUUUGUGCAUAGACAUGACACUCGCACCUGUACAGACGUCGACGAGUGCCGAAACCAUCCGUGCCACCAUCAUGCUUCCUGCACCAACACCGCGGGCUCCUUCGACUGCCGAUGCCAGGCUGGAUUCCACGGCGAUGGCUUCCACUGCCACCGUCAGCCCGAGCGUCCCAAGACUCAGUGUGAGCAUCACAGAGACAGCGUACAGAGGCAGAAUCAGGUGGAAGGUUUGCCUCUGAUCGGAGCGUAUGUUCCUCAGUGUGACGAGGAGGGGCGCUACAGGUCUCAGCAGUGCCAUGGCUCUACAGGAUACUGCUGGUGUGUGGACAGUAGGGGGCAGGAGAGAGCAGGAACCCGUACCCCACCUGGGUCCCCACCUGCCAACUGUGACGCUCCAGAACGUCCCAAGUCUCAGUGUGAGCAGCACAGAGACAGGGUGCAGGAUGAAGCAGGGUUGGGAGCCUUCAUCCCUGACUGUGAUGAUGAGGGUCACUACAGGUCUCUACAGUGCCACGGCUCUACAGGACACUGCUGGUGUGUGGACAGUAGGGGGCAGGAGAGAGCAGGCACCCGCACGCCACCGGGUACCUCACCUGCCAACUGUGAUGCUCCAGAGCGCCCCAAGACUCAGUGUGAGCAUCACAGAGACAGUGUACAGAGGCAGAAUCAGGUGGAUGGUUUGCCACUGAUCGGAGCGUACGUUCCUCAGUGUGACGAGGAGGGGCGCUACAGGUCUCAGCAGUGCCAUGGCUCUACAGGAUACUGCUGGUGUGUGGACAGUAGGGGGCAGGAGAGAGCAGGAACCCGUACCCCACCUGGGACCCCUUCCACCAACUGUGACGCUCCAGUUCAUCCAGAGCGACCUAAGACUCAGUGUGAGCAGCACAGAGACGACGUCCAGGGCAGUCCUGGUGGUUUGCCGCUGGUGGGAGCGUUCAUUCCUGAUUGUGAUGAACAGGGGCGCUACAGGUCUCAGCAGUGCCACGGCUCCACAGGACACUGCUGGUGUGUGGACAGUUCGGGACGGGAAAGAGCAGGCACCCGCACCCCGCCUAGUACCACACCUAUCGACUGUGACGCUCCAGAGCGUCAUAAGACUCAGUGUGAGCAGCACAGGCACAGCGUGCAACACGGAGCGCAUGGUGUCCCCGCGCCAGGAGCCUUCAUCCCUGAGUGUGAUGAGGAAGGGCGCUACAGGUCUCGACAGUGCCACGGCUCUACAGGACACUGCUGGUGUGUGGACAGUACCGGACAGGAAAGAGUUGGCACCCGCACCCCAGCCGGUACCACACCUACCGACUGUGACGCUCCAGAACGUCCUAAGACUCCGUGUGAGCAGCACAGAGACAGCGUCCAUAUCAGAGGAGACGCUCCGGUGGGAGCCUUCGUCCCCGAGUGUGAUGAGGAGGGGCGAUACAGAUCUCGACAGUGCCACGGCUCUACGGGACACUGCUGGUGUGUGGACAGUAGGGGGCAGGAAAGAGCAGGAACCCGCACAACUCCUGGUACACCCCCUACCGACUGUGACGCUCCAGAACGUCCCAAGACUCCGUGUGAGCAUCACAGGGACCGAGCACAGGGCCGAGGAGACGCCCCACCUGUGUUGGGAGCCUUCGUUCCCCAGUGUGAUGAGGAGGGGCGCUACAGGUCUCAACAGUGCCACGGCUCUACAGGACACUGCUGGUGUGUGGACAGUACUGGGCGGGAAAAAGUUGGUACCCGCACCUCGGCCGGUACCACACCUGCCGACUGUGACGCUCCAGAACGUCUCAAGACUCAGUGUGAGCAGCACCGGGACAGCGUACGCACAGGAGUAAAUGGUUCGCCUUUGGAAGGAGCUUUUGUCCCUCAGUGUGAUGAGGAGGGGCACUACAGACCUCAACAGUGCCACGGCUCUACGGGACAUUGCUGGUGUGUGGACAGUAGGGGGCAGGAGAGGGCAGGAACCCGCACACCACCCGGUGCCACACCUGUCAACUGUGAUGCUCCGGAACGUCCUAAGACUCCGUGUGAGCAGCACAGAGACAGCGUCCAUAUCAGAGGAGACGAUCCGGUGGGAGCCUUCGUCCCUGAGUGUGAUGAGGAGGGGCUCUACAGGUCACGACAGUGCCACGGCUCUACAGGACACUGCUGGUGUGUGGACAGUAGGGGGCAGGAAAUAGCAGGAACCCGUACAACCCCUGGUACACCCCCUACCGACUGUGACGCUCCAGAACGUCCCAAAACUCCGUGUGAGCAUCACAGGGACCGAGCACAGGGCCGAGGAGACGCCCCACUUGUGCUGGGAGCCUUCAUCCCUGAGUGUGACGAGGAGGGACGCUACAGGUCUCGACAGUGCCACGGCUCUACAGGACACUGCUGGUGUGUGGACAGUACUGGGCGGGAAAAAGUUGGUACCCGCACCCCAGCUGGAUCCACACCUACUGACUGUGACGCUCCAGAACGUCUCAAGACUCAGUGUGAGCAGCACCGGGACAGCGUACGCACAGGAGUAAAUAGUUCGCCUUUGGAAGGAGCUUUUGUUCCUCAGUGUGAUGAGGAGGGGCACUACAGACCUCAACAGUGCCACGGCUCUACGGGACAUUGCUGGUGUGUGGACAGUAGGGGGCAGGAGAGGGCAGGAACCCGAACACCACCCGGUGCCACACCUGUCAACUGUGAUGCUCCGGAACGUCCUAAGACUCCGUGUGAGCAGCACAGAGACAGCGUCCAUAUCAGAGGAGACGCUCCGGUGGGAGCCUUCGUCCCUGAGUGUGACGAGGAGGGGCACUACAGGUCUCAACAGUGCCACGGCUCUACGGGACAUUGCUGGUGUGUGGACAAUAGGGGGCAGGAGAGGGCAGGAACCCGAACACCACCCGGUGCCACACCUGUCAACUGUGAUGCUCCGGAACGUCCUAAGACUCCGUGUGAGCAGCACAGAGACAGCGUCCAUAUCAGAGGAGACGCUCCGGUGGGAGCCUUCGUCCCUGAGUGCGAUGAGGAGGGGCACUACAGGUCACGACAGUGCCACGGCUCUACAGGACACUGCUGGUGUGUGGACAAUAGGGGGCAGGAAAGAGCAGGAACACGUACGACCCCUGGUACACCCCCUACCGACUGUAACGCUCCAGAACGUCCCAAGACUCUGUGUGAGCAGCACAGAGACCGAGCACAGGGCCGAGGAGACGCCUUGCCUGUGUUGGGAGCCUUCGUUCCUCAGUGUGACGAGCAGGGACAGUACAGGUCUCAACAGUGCCACGGCUCUACAGGACACUGCUGGUGUGUGGACAGUAGAGGGCAGGAGAGAGCAGGCACCCGUACCCCACCUGGAUCCCCACCUAGAAACUGUGACGCUCCAGUGGUGCCAGUUCCGACCCAGCGUCCGGAGACAGUGUGUGAGCGCUGGCGGGCCAGUCUUAUGGAGCACUACGGAGGCCGCCCAGGUCCGGAACAUUUUCUUCCCCAGUGUGACGCAUCGGGCGAGUUCACACCGGUGCAGUGUUACGGCGAGUCCAGUUACUGCUGGUGUGUAGACAAAGAUGGCCGAGAAGUUCCCGGGACACGCUCGAACGACCGAGUCAAACCCGCAUGUAUACCAACGGUGGCCCCGCCCACUAUGCGUCCAUUGCCACGCCCAGAUGUGACUCCUCCCCCAUCAGGCACUACUUUGCUCUACGCUCAAGGCCAACAGAUUGGAGCGCUUCCUCUCAACGGCACGCGUAUGGACAAGGAGAGAUCCUCGGUGCUUCUCGCCCUGCAUGGCUCCAUAGUGGUCGGUAUUGACUACGACUGCAAAGAACGGAAGGUUUACUGGACUGAUCUGGCUGGACGGACGAUCAGCAGAGCCGCUCUGGAGAAUGGAGCAGAGCCUGAGAUUCUCAUAAACACCGGCCUCAUGAGCCCUGAGGGUUUAGCCGUGGACGAGCAACGCAGGAAGAUGUUCUGGGUGGACAGCACGCCCGAUAAAAUCGAGACGGCCAAACUGGACGGAAGCGACCGGCGCGUUCUGUUCAACACGGAUUUGGUUAACCCCAGAGCCAUCACGGUGGACUCUCUCUCAGGAACUUUGUACUGGACCGACUGGAACCGGGAAGCACCAAAAAUCGAAAGCUCCACCGUGGAGGGCCAGAACAGGAGGGUGUUGGUGCAGGACGGCAUUGGUCUCCCUAAUGCUUUGACGAUAGACCCUACAACGCGUCGUAUCUGCUGGGCUGAUGCAGGAACCAAGCGUUUGGAGUGUAUCGCGCCUGACGGGACGGGGCGACGCGUCAUUAACAGCAACCUGAACUAUCCGUUCAGCAUGGUGUUUUACGCCAAUCACUUCUACUACACAGACUGGAGGAGGGAUGGAGUCAUCGGUGUAAGUCGAGACUCGAACCAGUUUACAGACGAGUACCUGCCUGAUCAGCGUUCACACCUGUACGGCAUCACUGUCGCCUCGUCCAGCUGUUUAUAAGGGAGGAUGUAAUAACAGAGCCACUGUUACAUGGUGCUAAUUUUUGGGGAUUUAUAAGUUUUUUUCUACAUGUUGGGAAACGAACGCCUGUCUCAGCCGUCGCCAAAGCCACCUGCGUCUUUAUAAACCCCGUAAGAAAAAAAAGGUGACUUUUCCCCCCUUGUUUAGUUUUGUACAUUUGUUUUAUACCUCAUUUCUUUCUACUGUAUUUUCAUGUUGUUGUUUUUUUAAUUAAAAUAAAGCCAAAGAGGCCCAAAUUAAACGUAUGAAUACGUUUAUACAUGUGCGCAGUGUCGGAGCCCUCAGUGCACUAAUAACAAUCUAAACGUUGAGGCUGAACAUAGCCGACGUCUUGUCUUUACUACAAUUCCUUUUUGUAACCGUUUUUAAAAAAAUCUUUUGUAAGAUGUGAUAUUUAUAACAAUAAAAUGUGAUCCACAGUUGGA